CAGACGGACGCGCGCCGAGCCACUGCGCCCCUCACCCCCACACCGGCGCCACUGCAGCCCGCCGUCCCUCACGCGGGUGCCUCGGUGCCCAACCGCACACCACCAGCUGCUCGGCGCCCAGGGUUCGCCAUGCGCUCCGCCGCUGUCCUGGCGCUUCUGCUCUGCGCCGGGCAAGUCACUGCCCUCCCUGUGAACAGCCCUAUGAAUAAAGGGGACACUGAGGUGAUGAAGUGCAUCGUUGAGGUCAUCUCUGACACACUGUCCAAGCCCAGCCCCAUGCCUGUCAGCCACGAGUGUUUUGAGACACUCCGAGGAGAUGAACGGAUCCUUUCCAUCCUGCGACAUCAGAAUUUAUUGAAGGAGCUCCAAGACCUCGCUCUCCAAGGUGCCAAGGAGAGGGCCCAGCAGCAGAAGAAGCACAGCAGUUUUGAGGAUGAGCUCUCAGAGGCUUCUGAGAACCAGAGCAACCAGCCCAAGCUGGAAGAGGUAAUGGAAGAGGCAUCCUCCAAGGAUGCUGUGGAGAAAAGAGAGGAUUCUAAAGAGGCAGACAAAAGUGUUGAGGACAUGGAAGGAGGCAAAAGUGAUGAGGACAUGGAAGGAGGCAGGCCCCAGGCCUUCCCAGAGCCCAGGAAGGAGUCCAAGACUGAGGGCAACAGCCAGACCCCUGGGGAGGAGGAGGCCACCAACACCCAGCCCCCAGCCAGCCUUCCCAGCCAAAAACACCCAGACCUGCAGGCCGAGGGAGACAGGGAAGGUCCCUCUCAGGGUCUGGUGGACAGUCAGAAGGGCCUGAGUGCAGAGCAAGGGCACCAGGCAAAGAGAGAUGAGGAGGAGGGGGAAGAGGAGAGAGAGAAGGCAGAGGCAGUGGCGGAGGCCGGAGACAAGGCUGUCCCUGAGGAUAAAGGCCCCACAGCAGCAUCUACCCCCCACCCGAGCCUUGGCUACAAGGAGAUCCCAAAAGGUCGGUUGGAGGCUCUGGCUGUGGAUGGAGCCAGGAAGCCUGAGGCUGAGAAGGCUCGGCCCCCACAGGGCAGGGGACAGCAGGAGCACUCCCAGCAGGAAGAGGAGGAGAUGGCAGGGGCCCCUGGAGGCCUCUUCCGGGGCGGGAAGAGUGGGGAGCUGGAGCAAGAGGAGGAGGAGGAGCGGCUCUCCAAGGAGUGGGAGGAUGCCAAGCGCUGGAGCAAGAUGGACCAGUUGGCCAAGGAGCUGACAGCUGAGAAGAGGCUGGAGGGAGAGGAUGAGGAGGACAGCCCUGACCGCUCCAUGAAGCUCUCGUUGCAGACCCGGGCCUAUGACUUCAGGGGCCCAGGGCCACAACUGCGACGAGGCUGGAGGCCGUCCUCUCGGGAGGACAGCGUGGAGGCUGGCCUGCCCCUUCAGUCUCACAGCUACCCCGAGGAGAAAAAGGAGGAAGAAGGCAGUGCUAAUCGCAGACCAGAGGACCAGGAGCUGGAGAGCCUGUCGGCUAUUGAGGCGGAGCUUGAGAAGGUGGCUCAUGAGCUGCAGGCGCUGCGGCGGGGCUGA